AUGAAUAAGGAGAUGCUUGGUUUUGAUCCCACCAUUAUAACAUCCGGCGGCCAGCAGUAUAUCGAGAUCGAACGAAACGACAAAACAGAGCGUCUCAUCAUUGAUGAUGUUAUGAAGCGAGCGCGGUGCAUUGCCGGUCGGGCGACAACCUGUUGGAAAGCACAUCGCAAAGAAGACCCCCAGACGCCGCUUGUUAUCAAGGACUCCUGGCAGUACACGGACCGAGACGAAGAGGGUAUACUUGUCCAAGAAGCGACUGAGAAAGGUGUUAUUAAUGUUGCCCGAUACUACCACCACGAGACUGUACGCGUCCGCAGUGCGGAUGACGACAUCCAAAACAAUGUUCGAAAGAGACUGGACGUCACCAAAGCUACAAAUUACCGAUCAGGACAUGCGAUGUUGCCAUCAGGUACGAGCGCGUCAAGUGUGUCACGCAGAGGGCAAAGCAGCGGCGCUGGUGUGAAGCGACCGUCCAGCGAAACCGAUGCCGCUCUGCCGCCUAACAAAAGAUCCGGUUCAAUAUCUCCAGUCAAGGCAAGCACCGGAGCCCUGCCAAACCGUGUACAUCGGCGAGUCAUUCUUCGUGACUUUGGAAAGCCAAUCUACAAGGCAAAAUCUCGCACGGCGCUGCUCGCUGCGCUGGAGAGCUGCAUUGAAGGUCACCAGUCGUUGCAUGAGGCGGGCCUUCUCCACAGGGACAUCUCCAUCAACAACCUCAUGAUCAAUGAAGAUGAUGAGAACCCUUCGUGGCAAGCUUUCUUGAUUGAUCUAGACCUUGCUAUACGAGAACAACGACAAGGUGCCUCAGGAGCAAAAGGAAUGACUGGUACGAGAGCAUUUAUGGCUAUAGGAGCUUUAUUGGGCGACCAGCACUCCUUCAUGCAUGACCUGGAGUCGUUUUCUGGGGUGAUUGGUCGGUUUGACAAGUGGAACUACGUUGAUGUGGAAGAGUUAGCAGAACUCAAGUCGGGCUUGGUGGGCAAUGAACGGCAUUUUCUCAACCGUGUCGGCCAGUCAUUUACCCCUUAUUUCGAGCCUCUGGCUCAAUGGGUAAACCGGCUGCGACGGGAACUCUUUCCAGGGGAUAAGCCGUGGCAGGGUCGAGAGGAUCCUGGGCUAUAUGUUCGCAUGCGGCGAAUCUUGCAAGGAGCAGAGCUCUACUACGAGGGCUUCUACGGCUCAAUUGUGGCCGCGGCGAAGGCGCUUGGCGUACCCUACAAGCGCCUCUAUUAUCGAGUCAAUGGGCAUCACUCAACGGCCGAGAAUGGGGGCAACCGUGCCCUGCUUGAUCCCUCGGAUGAAGAGGAGGUAUUUUGCUGGGCACAUCGCCGCAUCACACAGGGGCACCACAUCCAGGGUCGUGCGCUCCAACAACACGCCAACGCCAUUCUCAAGGCAAAGGGCGUGGGAGCUACAGCAUCGCGAGCCUGGGCCAAGCGCUUUAUACAGCGGCAUAGAGAACUCUUCCACCGUCGAAGAGCAGCAGCGCGAGACAUCAAACGGAAGGCUAUGCAAGAUCGCAUCCACAACACCUGGAAUUUCGACGAGACGGGCUUCAUGGUGGGAUAUCUACAUAAAGGCACAUUUAUUUGGACCUUCCGCGAGAUUGAUACCCCUAUUUUAUCUGACGCUCACGAUACAGUGUCGGUCACAGCGAUUGAGGCUAUUUCUGCAGCUGGGAAAGCGGCUUCUACUAUGGAUAGCUGUGAUGGUCACUAUACAGAAGAGAUGGUUCACUUCUGCUUCGAUCACAACAUUAAGGUCUUCCCAAUGCCUCCCCAUCUUACACAUCAGCUUCAACCUCUUGAUGUCGGCGUUUUUAGGUCAUACAAACACUGGCAUCAACAAGUUCUACAUCGUGAGAUUGCUGACGGGGCAUAUGACUUUAACAAGUCCGAUUUUCUAUAUCAUCUUCAAGAGGUCCGCACUCGCACCUUCAAAAAGCACACAAUUCUCUCAUCUUGGCAGAAAUGUGGCCUCUUCCCAUUCAGUCCCGAGAUCGUGCUCUCUCAGCUUCAAGACACGCUCUCGUCGCUCACAGAAGAAGUGGCUAUUAAGGACCUGCCGGGCUCGAUCGAAAGCGAGCCUCAGGGCGGGCCUCAGGCAGCAAGACCAUCAACACCAUCGCCACACACGCCGCCCUCGAUUCAACGAUUCAACUGGAACAAUGUUUCAACGCCGAGACUCAACCUCUCUACGAUUCAGAGGUAUCACGCCUACGUACAGCUUCGUCUAGCCACAUCAGUUGACUCCCACAUGCCGUUGACUCCCUCCGUCACAUAUGUCUAUGAGAAGGCGCGGAAAGCCGACAAAACCCUCGCUCUCAACGGCAUCACCGCAACGGCCGAGAUGACGAAGAUAAAAGAGAAACAAGCCAAGCGCUCCAGUCUCCAGCAACAGACAACUAUUGUAGCGAGAUACGGCCCAUUAAGCGUCGAAGAGGCACAGAGAGUCAGGAAUAAGGAGGUUCGCGACGAAGCUGGCUAUAUACGCCGCUGGCUUCGCAAGGUACGCUUCAACGUCAGGAUUAGCAUCACAGAGGCGAGGAUUCGAGACAUCAGAGGUCUCUGGGCCAAGGGCGACAAGCGCGCACACCUCAAUUGCAAUGAGUGGAUGUGCGCAAGCUACAGGAUUCUCCGCGAGCUACACAACCGCGGCGUAGGGCAAAGCAAGGCGAUCAUGUGGCCGGAGUACUAUGAUCGCGAGAUUGUAAAGGAAGCAGCCGAAUUAGUGGUGAUGGAGGCAAAUAAGCGUGCUAUUUGCCGUCAGACGCUUUCCUUGGAAGCUGACGGCAUCGAGAUGCGAUGA